CGCACACAGACACACACAGACACAGACACACACAGACACACACACACAAGCUCACCAGCGCGCUCUCACACUCAGACACGCUUGCUCUCUCGCACUCCUGCCUCCGAUCUCCGAUGGUUGGCUGGGCCUGAGCCACUCGGAGAGAGAAAGGAAAGAAAGAAAAAGAAAGAAAGAAAGAAAGGAGAAAGAGAGAGAGAGAGAGAAAGCCAGGGCAAUAAUGGGAAAUACACCCUCUCAAGGCAUGUCACUCUCACUAUGUGCAUCCAUUCUUAAGUAGCAGAUCCCGAGAGGACUAGCACACACAUGAUCUCAGCGGAUGAUGCAGAGUACCCGCGGGAGUACAGAACCCUGGGCAACGGGACCCGGCGUUUCUCCAAUGUAGGGCUGGUGCACACCUCAGAGCGCCGGCACACGGUGAUCGCCGCCCAGAGCCUGGAGGCCCUGACCGGACUCCAGAAGUCGGAGAUGGAGCGUAAGCGGGAUGCCUUCAUGGACCACCUGAAGAGCAAGUACCCACAGCAUGCCCUGGCAAUCCGUGGGCAGCAGGAGAGAAUGCGGGAUCAGCAACCCAACUACUGGAGCUUUAAGACAAGAAGCUCCCGGCACUCCCAGGGCUCCCAGCCUGGCCUGGCCGACCAAGCCAAACUCUCCUUUGCUUCAGCUGAGUCCCUGGAAACCAUGUCUGAAGCUGAGCUGCCCAUAGGAUUCAACAGGAUGAAUCGUUUCCGCCAGAGCUUGCCUUUGUCCCGUUCCACCAGCCAGACUAAGUUGCGGUCACCAGGGGUCCUCUUCCUCCAGUUUGGGGAUGAGACGCGGCGUGUGCAUAUUACCCACGAGAUUAGCAGCAUGGACACCCUGCAUGCUCUCAUCGUCCACAUGUUUCCCCAGAAGCUCACAAUGGGGAUGCUGAAGUCACCCAACACAGCCAUCCUGAUCAAGGAUGAGUCACGCAACGUCUUCUACGAGCUGGAGGAUGUCAGGGAUAUCCAGGACAGAAGCAUUAUCAAAAUCUACCGGAAAGAGCCUCUUUAUGCCUCAUUCCCAGGCUCACACAUCACCAAUGGGGAUCUGCGGAGAGAGAUGGUCUACACCUCCAGGGAGUCGUCCCCCACCCGUCGGCUCAACAACAUGUCCCCAGCUUCCCACCUCACCUCUGGCUCCCCUCCGCCUGUGCUCCAGUCUUCCUCCCCCUCCAGGUCCCGCAUGUCCUACAGUGGGGGGCGCCCACCCUCCUAUGCCGGCAGCCCCGUGCACCAUGGGGACCGCCUCUCCAACCUGCCACCUGCCCAGGGCGUCUCACCCAGCCCCAGCGCCAUCUUGGAGCGUCGGGACGUCAAGCCAGAUGAAGACCUGGCCAGCAAGAACAUGGUGCUGGUGAAGAAUGAGGGGCUGUAUGCUGACCCCUACAGCAUGGUACACGAGGGCCGGCUCAGCAUCACCUCCACCCAGUCCCUGGCUGGUAUGGGUGACCCCUUUGCCUACCCUGGGGGCCUGUACAAGCGGGGUUCAGUCCGCUCCCUCAGCACAUAUUCAGCCGCAGCCCUGCAGACAGAGUUGGAAGACAGCCUAUACAAGCCCAACGCUCCCAUCUACAGCGACACUUAUGGACCCAGCCUGGGUUUCCGCCUGCCUCCAUCCUCCCCACAGAAGAUGGCCGAUGGCCGGCUAGUGGAUGUCCAGCAGGGGCAGAGCCCCCAUAGCCCCUACUCAGGGCCCCCCAGCCGAUCCUCGCCUGUCCGCCAGUCUUUCCGCAAGGAUUCCUGCUCCUCUGUAUUCAUGGAGAGCCCUGUCAGCAAGCCCCGCAACCCCAGCUCAUCAGGACCUCCAGACCUGUUUCCAGGCCCUGGGGACCGUCCCCUGUCAGGAUUUAGCUCCCCUGUGCCCACCAAGGAUACAGAGACAAGGGAACGAAUGGAGGCCAUGGAGAAGCAGAUUGCCAGCCUGACGGGGCUGGUGCAGAGUGCGCUGCUCCGGGGCUCCGAGGGCGAGACCCCCAGUGAGAAGAUGGAAGCUGCCAAUGGAGGGACACCCCCAGCAGCACCCCCCAGUCGGAGCAACAUGGGGACCCCAGUGCCUGCCCCACCACCCCCUUCCGCCACUAGCACACCAGCGGGGCAGCCCACAGCCAUCACUCGCCUGCACAUGCAGCUGCACCUCCACGACCUGCAGCAGAAUGCCAGCGACCUCCGCAACCAGUUGCAGCAGCUGAAGAAAUUGCAGCUGCAGAACCAGGAGACAGUGAAGACAAUGCUGCGGAGGACGGAGACGGAGAUCAGCGUGCGAGUGACGGACACCAUGCGCAAGCACGAGGACCCGCUGCAGCGCCAGCGCACUCUGGUAGAAGAGGAGCGGCUACGCUAUCUCAAUGAGGAGGAGCUCAUCACCCAGCAGCUGAAUGACUUGGAGAAGUCCGUGGAGCGGAUCCAGAAAGACCUGGCUCACAACCACCGGCUCAUCCCUGUGCAGGAGCUGGAGGAGAAGGCCCUGGUGCUGAAGCAGCUGGGGGAGACACUGACGGAACUGAAGGCUCAGUUCCCCAGCCUGCAAAGCAAGAUGCGUGUGGUGCUGCGAGUGGAGGUGGAAGCUGUGAAAUUCCUCAAGGAAGAGCCCAACCGCCUGGAUGGACUGCUGAAACGCUGCAAGACCGUGACAGACACCCUGGCCCAGAUCCGCAGACAAGUGGAUGAGGGACUGUGGACUUCUCCCAACAACCUCAGCCAGUCCCCAAAGAAGAUGCCACCAGAGACUGAUUUCACCAAGGGCUUGGAUCUGGAGAUGCCCAUCAGUCCCCCAGUGAAUUUCCAUGACCUGACUGCCUCUGUUGAUGGACUGGGCAUGCCUGGCUUUGGACAGAGCGCCAUGCCACCCCAGCCCCCCUGCAAGAGCAAUAACCCCUCCCAAGUUCCAGAGAUGGUGCCCGCCAAGACCCAGACAGGCCCUGAGAUCCCCAGCAAGAAGAGCGCAGACAAAGCUGUGUCUGUAGAGGCUGCAGAGCGGGACUGGGAGGAGAAGAGGGCAGCGCUGACCCAGUACAGUGCCAAGGACAUUAACCGUCUCCUGGAGGAGACACAGGCUGAGCUCAUGAAAGCCAUCCCUGACCUGGACUUCGCGGCCAAGCACAAGCAGGGUUCUGGCAGCACCGCCUCUACCCCCGAGCACAAGGCGUCCAAGCCACAGCACGCACAGAAAACCACAGGUGGCAAAGUCGACCCCAAUGGCCGCAGAGGCUCAGAUGAGCUGACAGUCCCCAGAUACCGGACUGAGAAGCCCUCAAAAUCCCCCCCACCUCCCCCACCUCGUCGGAGCUUUCCUUCGUCCCAUGGGCUCACCACCACCCGCAGUGGUGAGGUCAUCAUCACAAGCAAGAAAGAGUCCAGCUUCAUGAAGAAGGCAGAAUCAGAGGAGCUUGAGACCCAGAAGCCCCAGGUGAAGCUGAGGCGGACCGUGUCAGAGGUGGCCAGGCCUGCAUCCACCCCGCCCAUCAUUGCCUCCGCCAUCAAAGAUGACGACGAUGAGGACCGGAUCAUUGCUGAGCUAGAGAGUGGCGGCGUUUCCAUUCCAGCCAUGAAGAUGGUGAAUCCGGGCUCCAGACUGAAGCAGAGUCAGCAGGGCAGCCCAGACAAAAGCAAACACAUAAAGCAGAGAAUGGAAUACAUGAGGAUCCAGGGACAACAGCAGGCCGCUAGAUCAUCUAAAGAGGCUAGUGGGCUGAAUGAGAAUUCCAAUCCAGUCUCAGAAAAAACUACUUCUGGCAGAACAUCCAUCCCUGUAUUGACUUCCUUUGGGGCAAGGAACUCAUCCAUUUCAUUCUAAACCUCCUUGCCAACUUCCCAUACAACUGUUUUCCUGCCUACUGGGGCCUGGCAUCUCUCUUCCUUACACUUCUCCCUUGGACUGUCUUCUUGAGGCACCUUGAAAGGUCACCAGGUGUCCCUCUUUCUUUUUAUUUUCAAUGUCUUGCUCCAAUAUGGCUGACCUACUGUCUCACAUCUGCACCACUAUGGCCGAACUUCGGUCUCACAUCUGCUCCAGUAUGGCCGACCUACUAUCUCACAUGUACUCCAGUAUGGCCGACCUUCUGUUUCUCAUCUGCUCCAAUAUGGCCAACCUGCCACUUUCUGUUUCUUUCUCUCUCUCUCUCUCUUUUUCUCUUUCUCUUUAUUGUUGUUGUUGUUUUGUUUCUCUCAACACCUCCCUUUUUCCACCCUGGCGUUUUCUGUUUAUUUAAGAGCGCUAAGAACUGCACUCCACCAGUUUCACAAGCUUCAAGCAACAAGGACAUUGUGAGGCAUCUGAAUCUGCCACGUCCUGUUCAAGGGAGAACGGCACAAAAGCAGAAGGAGGUUGUUGGGGGGAGGAAAGGGGGGAAAAAAGCAAGCUUCUGAAGACGCCUGAGAAACCUACAGAUCUGACUGUUAAUGCUGCUGCUACUCAGUUUUCCUUUCCUUAACUUUUUUAAUAGCUGUAACAGUGAUUAAUCCUGUAGGAAACUCUGCUACAGUCUUCUAGCCAAGUCUUCAUGGGUCAGUGGUGUUUUGACUUUGGAGUCUGUGCAAGCAGCUUUUUCAUGGGGUGUUGUGGUUUACUUGCCGAAAGGGCAGUGCUGUGUUGAAAGCUGCCAUGGCUCGCGCGUGGCCUGCGUUGGCAAGAAGCCAGCGAGUCAACGCUGCAUUUGCUUCUCUCUCUCUUUCUUCCAAGGGUUGGGUGCAAAAAAGGCAGAAGAGAAAAGACGUGCAAGCGUUUAGCGUGUGAGAUGUUUUUGUACUUCUCAACAAAGCUGGAAAGGCCAAAGGGUGGGCAUGUACAUUUUGGGGACGCAGAAUGUUAUUUCAAGAAAUAUGGCUGAAACGGGUAAAGAAAGUUUGCCUGAAUGAGGCAGGAAGAGUUCCUGAGGCAGAAAGUCAGGUUUCCCAUCACCUUAGUUUCAUAAUGUAGCACUUUAAAUGUUCAUGCAGUUACUUGCUGUAGCGAGAGAGAUAGAAACGGACCGGGCAGCCCCCUGUACUGCAUGGAGGGGUGAUAACUCAGCAGAGAUGCAGGGCAGACGGGGACAACCGAAGGUGUUGAGACCACAGGGUACCAAUGAUGUCAGACUAAGGGAAGUGGGAGGGGAGCUGAAUUCACAGAAAGCAACGAGGGAAGGGGAAAGGCGAAUGCAGCACAGGGAAGGGUGGGAAAGGGCCAAGGGUGUAAGCCAUGGGGUCAAGUUGAGGGGAGUUGGGACCCCCACAGGGAUUGAGGGGUUAGGACCACUCCAGCCCAUCCACAGAUGGGGGGAUGGGGUCUGGGGAUUGUGGUUCUGGAGAAGGGACCACUCUUCUGAGCAAUAUUCAGUGUGACCUGAAGGACCUUGAGGGCUACAGUUCCAGCUCUAGCCUAGUAUAGUCAGUGCCAGCUCUCACAUGACGGAGACACUGGCCCAGAGCAAGGGAUGGCAGUAGGGAUUGGAUGCCAAAGCAAGAGAAAAUAGACAAAGAGCCCUUUGCUGGCCAUACACUGCUUGGGCUUAAUGACUGUUCACUGAGUCCCUGCAGCAAGAGCCUGUUAGGUCUGUAUGGGCUUGGUGGGAUGUGGUAGGGCUGACACAGAGGAGGCAGGAGGGUGAUAGUUUCUUACCCUGCCCUCUGGCAGCUAUAAUGGUCAGCUCUGGUCACACCUGGUGUAAUGGAAAGCACCAUAGUUCAAUAGCUGUUUUUUACCAAACCUGAGCACCCCUUUGCUGCCAGGGGCUGCCAUGCCAAGGAGACCAAGAAGAGUGGAAAGUGAGAGGCCUAUUGCUACUCACUUCCAAGGGAAGGUUUGAAUGCAGCAUACAGUAGGAGAAGGGAAUUACCUUGCACUGCCUAGAAUGCACUAUAUAGCACAGUGAGGGGGUGGAA